AUAUGAAGACCGUCUCAUUCCUGAAAAUACUGCUUCUUAUUCUCACAAUUAUCCACUCAGACUUUGGAAUAUUCCCUGUUUUCUUCCCUUGUGAUACAGAAAAUAACUACACUUUUGUAGACUGCAGUAGCCGUGCCCUAACUCAGAUUCCUAAGAUAAAAUCAACCAAUGUAACCACAUUGCGUUUAUCAGGAAACCUUAUUAGUCUGGUUACCACUGAUUCUUUUUCUGAUGUUUUAAACCUGGAGGUCCUCGACAUUAGUUACAACUGUUUACCAGGGAAGAUGAACUAUGGUCCCCAGAACCUCUGCACAUUUGUAGUUGAGCCUGGAGCAUUAUUUAUACUUAAAAAACUAACUCAUUUGAGUCUUGCUGGAAACAGUCUGAUGAAUAUUCCUAAACUACCACCUGCUAUUGUACAGCUGAAUAUUGAAAAAAAUAACAUAAUUUCACUCACUUAUCAGAAUUUUGCUGGUCUCAUGUCCCUGAAGUCUUUGUACGUGGAUAAAAACUGCUUUUAUCUUAACCCAUGUGGCACCACAUUUACCAUAACCAACAAGACUUUCAAGGAUACACAACUGGAAAAUUUGACUUUGGCAUUUAAUAACCUAACAGAAGUGCCAAUCAACCUUCCACAGACACUGAAGUAUCUGGACCUCUCCGAAAACAAAAUUUCUCAAGUAAAAGCCUCUGAUUUUAAAAAUGUUGGCAAUCUGGAAACAUUGAUUCUGCAAUGGAAUUGUCAGCGGUGUGAUCAUGCGGCACAGCCAUGCUUCCCAUGUCCCAACAAUGCUUCCAUCAAGCUUGAUCCACUUGCUUUCAGAGAUCUCCAUAACCUGACAACAUUAAAUCUAAGGGGGAACUCCUUAACUGAGCUAAAUGACAACUUGUUCAAGCCUUUUGACAAUCUACUGUAUCUAGACCUGUCUGACAACCUUUUAGCGUAUGCUAUCACAAAUGCCACGUUUUUCUCCAAGCUUCCAAAACUCGAAACACUCAACUUAAUCUAUAAUUAUGAGCCCUUAAAAACAUUUGCUAACCUGACUCUUUCACCAUCAAUGAAAAAAAUGAAGUCUUUGAAGAGAUUCUUGAUCAAUGGAUACUUUUUUCAUACUUUGGAAGAAACUGGUAUAGCACCUCUUUUGAGUCUUUCAAAACUAGAAAUAUUGGAUUUCCGGACCAAUUUCAUAAAAUAUGCCAAUUUAUCAAUGUUUUCUCGGCUUCGUAAAGCAAGCUAUAUUGGUAUUUCUGGAAAUAGCUUGACAUUUCAGGAACCAUGUCACAAGCAAAAUGAACACAAUUUACAGUGCAGACAUUGUGUUGGUAGUUUCCAAUCGAGUAUCAGCCAUCUCCAGGAGGGUCAUCCUUCUGACAUUGAGUGGAAUGCAGAGAGAUGGAGGAAGUACACAUUUCAGCAACAAGUUUCAUCAAACGGCCAUCAUAAAAUCUGCCAGAAAAUAUAUGACUUAUCUUUUAAUAAUAUCAUUGAGAUAUAUGCAGAUGACCUCCAAGGCUUACAAAAUGUUAAUUGCCUGAACUUGUCAUACAAUUACAUAAGUCAGGCACUUAACGGUAGUCAGUUUUUAGGACUGACAUCAUUAAAACUUUUAGAUCUUUCAUAUAAUAGAAUUGAUUUAUACUUUCCAAGUGCAUUUCAAGAGAUUCCACAACUUGAGGUUUUAUACCUAAAUAACAACCCGUAUCAUUUCAAUUUAAAAGGCAUGGGGCAUAGAUUUGACUUUCUCAGCAGGCUUCAUUCUCUCCAUACAUUAAGCCUGGCGUACAAUGAGAUAGGAAUCAGGAUAUCAACAGAAUUAAAAAGCGAGUCAUUAAAUACUUUGAUUUUUGCAGGAAAUAGGCUAGAUAUGAUGUGGCAUAAUCCACAGAACAAAUAUCUGCAUUUCUUUACUAAUCUCAUCAAUCUUACUAAUCUAGACAUUUCUGAAAACAACUUAAGGUAUAUUUCAGAAGAAGUAUUUCUCUGUCUCCCACAAACCCUGAAAAAUCUGAAUGCAAGCAACAAUCAACUUGAAUAUUUUCCAUGGGAAAAUAUCAGUCACCUUCAAAACUUGCAGUCUCUGGAUCUGAGUAAAAACUCUCUUAAAAUGUUACCGAAAAAAGAGAUCAUGUUUGGUGAAAAUCUAUAUCUGAUGAAUUUGAGCAGUAACAGCAUCAUGUGCUUAAAUAUCAGUUUUUUUUCCAGGGCUGCUUCACUACGAAUCCUUAUAUUAAGCAGCAACCAAAUAAAGAUAAUAGAUGAAAAUAGUUUUCCUAGUCAAUUCCUCAAGAGUCUGAAGAAACUGGAUGUCAGUGGUAACCCAUUUAAAUGCACUUGUGAUGCCUCAUGGUUCUUAAGUUUUAUAAAGUCGACAGAUAUUGAUCUGCCCCAUCUGACAACCAGGUUGAGAUGCAACCUGCCAGAAGCUGUCCAAGGUGCAAAUUUAUUGUCCAUGGAUCUUCAUUCUUGUCAGGACAUAUAUGGCCAAUUGUGUUUCAUCUCAACAUUUAUCAUAGGGGUCAUCUUUACAUUUUUUCCUGUCCUACAAAAACUAUAUGGCUGGGAUAUGUGGUAUAUUUUCCAGAUGUGCUCAGCAGUCUUCAAAGGCUAUUCAACUGCUUCUGGAAAACACUAUGACUAUGAUGCAUUCAUAGCCUUUGAUGCGGAGCAGAAAGAUGUCUCAGACUGGGUGUACAAGGAACUUAGAGUUAAUAUGGAAGACACCAAGAAAAGGAAUUCUCAGCUUUGUCUACAGGAAAGAGACUGGAUUUGUGGAAAAGCAGCUGUAGAGAACCUAUAUGAGUCAAUAUGGAAGAGCCGGAAGACAGUCUUUGUUCUCAGCAGAAAAGGAUUUGCUAGUGGCUUUUUGCGACAGGCUUUCUAUAUAACUCAGCAGCGCCUGCUAGAGGAGAAAAUGGAUGUUGUAAUAUUUGUUCUUCUGGAUGACAUCAUAAAGCACUCCAAGUACUUAAGGAUGCGUAAGAUACUGUGUGGGAAGUCUGUUUUAUCCUGGCCUCACAACCCACAUGCCCAAGUUUACUUUUGGCAAAGCCUGUACUGGGUACUUACAACAGACAAUCAACAUUAUUAUAAUACCCUUAUACAACAAAUAAUGGAGUGAUAUUUUUUAUGAAAAAUCAGACUAAAAUGUGGCAUUUCCAGAGUAUUUUUUUCAAAACCACUGUAAUAUAUUGAGAUGUGACAUUACUUUCUCAUUUUGUAUCAUAUUUUUUUUACAAAAGAUGCAGCUGAUUUUUUUACAGAUAAAAAGGGUGCCAUCAUUUUCAGAUCUUUACUUAGGAAACAGAAAAAAAAUACUUUGACUACAAAAUGUAUGUAUAGUUGAUGUAUAUGGUGAAAUAUACUAGGAUGUGAAGUCCGCUAUCCCAUCUUCACAUUGACAAUGGUAUGCUAAGGAUAACUGUAGUUGUCACAGCUUUUUAUUGCAUAUAUUAGCACCUCAGUCUAAAUAUCAUGUUGAUGUGUUUAAUGUGGAAUUCUUCAGCACUGAAAUGAGCACAGAAUGCAGAAAACCCAUUUAUUAAAUGUUACAUUUAAACACUAUGUUACUGCACAUGUAUAGAGGUGGCCAGAAACAUGCCAAAAUGAAUGUAAAUCUGUGAACGUGUAAGUAUGUGCCCACUAGUGCAAACUGCUUUUGGUCCCCAGUUUAGUGCAUUGGUCUCAAACUGGCAUAUCAGUGUCACUGUUGAUAAGGUGUGUUAAUCAGCAGUCAAGAUGUUUGUCUGAAGUUCAGGAAAUCUAGUAACCAGGAUACGGUGGCUAGAUAUAUAAUAGUAUAAAACAGUGCCUUACAGACAUUCAGAGUUACAGAGCAUGAACUGUUGUGUUUAAUGGAAAUUAUAUUUGUACAUACAAAUACAUACAUACAAAUGUUU